UUUUUUCAAAAUAGAAUCUAAUCCUAGAAAGGCAAAGGACCCGACCCGGUUGCUGGAGGCAAGUCGGCGAGGUUUCGUUCCAUUUACAUUUUCCAUUUAGCGGUAAAAACAGCCCUCUGUUCUCUGUAUUCCGAAGCAAGCGAGAUUGUUAAUUGUUAUCAAAAUCUAUGGAAGAAGGCAUGCUUCCCUCUCGCUCUAAUCGCAAGCGCCCUUUUUUUGAAGACUUAGAAGACGAUGACUCCAAUAAACCACCCAAGCAAAAGAAAGUUAGAUUUCCCAAAGGAAAGAAAGUGAAGCCUGGAGAUGAAGAAGCUUUAGCAGAUGGACCAAAAGUUGAAGAUGUCCCGUUAGAUAUAAAAGAUCCUCGCGUUGCUGCGAAGGAGCGUGCAAAGCGCCGGAGUCAAAUCACGGUUGAACUGUUUAAUGAAGAAACCAAUGAUGUUUCAACUGCUGAAGUCUCUUAUGAGGAUAAUGAGACUUUUGUUGAAGAUGGGAUUCAAAUUGAACCAUUUAAUCUUGAGCAAGAAAGGGAAGAAGGCUACUUUGACGCGCAGGGAAAUUUUGUUGAAUAUGUCCAUGAGAAGGAAUUCAAGGAUGCGUGGCUUGAUAGUGUUGAAGUUGAUCCAAGAUAUGCCAGUAAAAGCUCUAUGGAAGCAGUUGAGAAUGAUGAUAAAAAUGAUUCUAGUGACCUUUCAUCUGAAGACAUUGGAAUAAUAAAGAAGCGAAUUGCCAACUUGCUGGAGCCAGGGGAAACGGUGUUACAAGCUUUGAGAAGGCUGAAGGGUGGUUCAAAUAAUAGGAAAGAGAAGAUGUCAGCCGAGACGCAGCGUCUAUUUGACCAGCUGACUGAAGAUGCAAACAAACUGUUGGAGCAGGGAGAAUACAAUGUUUAUCAUGACAAAAAAGAGGUUUUCAAGCGUGAGGCAGAAGGAUAUGAGAAGUUGGCUGUAGCAAGGGGCAAGGGCAUAUCUCUAACUGCUGGCCAGGAGAUUUCUGAUUACAACAUGAGGGCGGACUUAUCCUCUGAUGUAACAGAACUUGGAGUAACCACCUCAAAAUUGUCCAAUGUGGAUGUGGGUGUUUCAAACAUGAAUGUAUCUGCUGCAGAAACGUCAGGCAAUGGUGCUGAUGCAUUUGAUAUGUUUGCGGAUGAUGAUGAUAAUGCUAGUGCUGGACCGUCCUCUAGCAAUAGUACUUUGGUUUCUGGCCCUAAUUCUAAUGGAUUCAGUCAACCAUCAUCAGAUGGCCAGAACUCCGCCUCUGAAACAGGAGCUUUGCAAGAUGAUUACGUGUAUGACGAGACAUCUCGGUACUACUAUAGCAGCAGUUCAGGUUACUAUUAUGAUCCAUCAACGGGAUUGUACUGCUAUGCAUCAUCUGGGACGUGGUACUCGUUCAACGAGGAGACAGGCACAUAUGAUGAGAUCAAUGAAGUAGCAAAUGCAAAUUGAAGUAAACAAUUGCUGCUCUGUAGAGUUUGUAUAUAGGCUAUCAAGGAAAACUGUUGUAUGAUGAGAAACUGGAUUUAAAAUUUAAUUUUGACAUAGUUACCUUUAUUUAACUUGAAGAACUGAGCCUUUCACUGAGCUAAUACUUUUUGUAAUGUGAAAUUGAGAAUGUUUUUCAUUAUUGCAUAAGAUUUUAAAAUCUUAAUGAUAAUAUUUUAUUGUUCUC